AUGAAGGAUGUUUUAGAAAAUAAAAAAUAUGUCUACAAAUAUAAUAAGGAAAAUAGCUAUAUUGAUAUACAAAGAAAUGAAACAUUCAGAAGUAAUAAAAGUGCUAACAUGGAUAAAACUGAAAAAGACAUAAAUGAAACGAAUUCGAUAUAUAUAGAAAAUUUGCAAAUCGAAAAUAAUAAUAUUAAUUUUUAUAAUAACAAUAUUGAAGCUAUAAAACAAGCAAAUGAAGAAAUAAAAGAAAAAUGUCAAUCAAACAAAAAAUAUAAUAAUAAAACCCUUUUUGCACAUUACCCAAAUAUUAGCAUAAAUAGUAAAGGUGAUAAUUUUUAUGAAAUAGACAAUAAAAUAAUUUUCCAAAAACAAAAUACUCAAUAUAGCAAUGAUAAAAUUGGCAAAAUUGAUAAAAUAUGUAAUACAAAUAUAGCAAGGGAUGAGUUCUUCAAUGGAAAAUGUGAAAAAAGUCAAGAUCAAAUAAGCAAUUACAAUAUUAGUAAUAAUAUUAAUAAUAGUAAUAAUAUUAAUAAUAGUAAUAAUAGUAAUAAUAUUAAUAAUAGUAAUAAUAGUAAUAAUAUUAAUAAUAGUAAUAAUAGUAAUAAUAUUAAUAAUAUUAAUAAUAGUAAUAAUAGUAAUAAUAUUAAUAAUAGUAAUAAUAGUAAUAAUAUUAAUAAUAGUAAUAAUAUUAAUAAUAGUAAUAAUAGUAAUAACAAUAACAAUAGGAUGAUGAUGAAUGUGGUUAUUCCUAUGCAUGAGCUAAGCCAUGAAAUGAAUGAUGAAAAUAAUUUUGAAAAAAAUCAAGAAUUACUUAAUUUGGGGAUAAAAGAAAACGAAAUUGCUUAUAAUAGUAAUAAGAUUAUUGAAAGCAAUAAUUUGUAUUCACCUUACUAUAAUACUGAGGAAAAGGAAAACAAACAAAAUUCUAUUGACAUAUAUCAGUUAAAUUAUAUUAACAACAUAAAUAAUGUACAAUUUUUAAAUAGUGCAAACAGUACGAAUUGUACUAGUAAUAACAACAAUGCAAAUGGAAAGAAUGAAUUAAUUAAUAAAAAUAGUCUAAAAAAUAUGAAUGAUAAAAACACACACAUUUAUAAUAACAUUAUGGAUAGUCAGCAUAAUAACAAAUUUUAUGAACAAAAUCAAUUCAAUAUUUUCAGUAAAGAAAAUCAUAAUAGAAAUAGAACAUGGGUAGGGCAAAAUGAAAAUGAGCAAAAUUAUAUAUACUAUAAUAAAGAAACUUAUGAUAAUAAUAUAAAUAACAUAUAUAAUGAAUUUGGUGAUCAUAUUCAUUUAUAUAAUAACAAAGAAGACAACAAAUUAUAUAAUUAUUAUAAGAAUAGUGAUAAAUAUUAUGAACAAAAUAAGGUCCCUUUAGUGAACUAUGCAUAUAUUUAUGAUGAAAAUUCUGAAAAAUUAAUAAAAGAUUAUAAUUUAAAAAUAAUGAAUAAGAAAAUACGAAAUGUAUCUCCUUUGCACCAUAGAGCAUAUAGUAAUAUAUCACAUAAGGGGGGGAAAAAAAAUAAAAUAAUUUCGAAUUCAAAAAAAGAGCGUCUGUUUAGUGAUCAAAAUGGUAGUAAUAUAAAAUGCCAGUAUAAUAAUUUACCAUAUCAAAAAAGAAUAAAAGGGAGUAACAAUGUUUCUUCUUUAGAAAUAAAAGAAAAAAAAAACAUCAAUGAAAUAAAUAAAUUUUUAAAUAUAGUAAAUUAUUAUGAAAAUGAUAAAAAGGGAGUUGGGGAUACUGAGAAUGUAUCUGUUAAUCUGGACCCUGUAAAAACUUUUUUUCCAAAUUUUGAUAAAAAUACAACAAAAUUGAAUGAAAAUAAUUAUACUGAUAAACUAAAUAAAUGGAAUAACAAUAAAAUAAGUUAUCAUGAAAUGGGAAGGUUAGAAAAUUAUACAAAAUGUAAAAUGAUGAAUACUUAUGAAAAAACUGAAUUAGAAAGUUUUGAAAAAAGAGCAAGUUUUAGUUAUAGUGGAAUUUUAACAUCAAUGAUAUCUUCUAUAUUAACACAACAAAAUGAUAGAAAAAUAGAACAAAAUAAUUGCCUAUAUAAUGGUUUUAGAGGUAAUAAUAAUAUUAACAAGAAUAGAGACAAUUAUGAAUAUAAUUUAUUAUAUAAUAUUAAAGAUGGAGAAGAAAUAAAAAAUAAAUAUAUUUUUUCAAAAAAAGUAUCAAAUAAAAUAAAUUCACAAAACAAAAAUAAUAAUAUAUUAAUAUUAACAUUAACAUUAAUGAUUGGUUUAUCAGUUUUAUGUAAUUUUGAUCACGGAGCUAUACCAGUUACUUUAGAAGAAAUACAAAAAGAUUUCCCUCUUAGCUAUAUUGAGCAAUCAUUAUUAGGAAGUUUAGUUUAUUGUGGUUUAAUUUUUGGAACAAUAAUAGCUAGUAUUCUUUUUGAGUUAAUUUCAGCAAAAUUCUUAGUAACUAUUAGUAUCAUUUUAUUAUCGAUAUCAUUAUAUAUAUUUAGUAAUGCUAAUGGAAUCAUGAUUAUGUAUAUAUCUAGAUUUGUUAAUGGGUUAUGCCAAGCCAUACCUGUUGUUUAUUUGCCAGUUUGGGUUGAUGAAUUUUCCCCUGAAGAAAAAGCAACUCAAUGGAUGUCAUAUAUACAAUUAGCAUCAAUUGGUGGAACUGUUUUUGGUUAUUUCUUAGGAGGUAUAUUGUCUAAUAAUUAUAAUAAAAAUAAUAUUUUAUUUAAUAAUAUGUCUUUUGUAACAACAUGGAGAUCACCAUUUUUAAUGCAAGCAUUUUUAUUAUUACCAAUUUUUUUAAUCAUGAUUUUUAUUCCAUCUAGUAUGAUAAAUAUAAGUUCUGAAUAUUCAGAUAUUGAAAAAGAAGAUAUCAAAGAUAAUAUGAAAACAAAUGAAAAAGAGUUUGGAAACCCCAAUUUUGAUAAUUUUGGAAUGGAUGAAUAUAACGAAAUGACAUUAAAUAGUCAAUCUAAUAUAUUAAAUAAUUUAAACAAAAAAAAUAAACAUAUAUUACCAUAUCAAACUCAACAAAGUAAUAUAGCUCGGAAAAACUAUAAUAGAUCAGCUACAUAUAUUAUGGAACAAAAAACAAAUAUUUUAAAAAAAACAUUUAAAGAAGUUAAAAAAUUAAUAAAUAAUAAAUUAUAUAUAAUAAUAACUUUAGGUAUGAGCAAUUUAUAUUUUGUUGUUACAGGUAUUCAAUUUUGGAUUACUGAAUAUAUGUCUGUUGUUUUAUUAACUGAAAAAAUGAAAAUCGUUACAGUUUCAACAUUAUGUUUUUUAACAUCUCCUACAUCGGGUGUAUGGUUUGGUGGAUUUAUUUGUGAUUUAUUUGGUGGUUAUAAAAAUACGAAUUAUUCAAAAACAAUUAAAGUUGCCACUGCCUUUGCAAUAUCCGCGUGUAUAUUUGGAAUUUUAUCUGCCCAUUUAACAAAUUUUAUAUUUUUCUCAAUUUCUUUGUGGCUCUGUUUGUUUACUGGUUCUGCCCUUGUCCCUGUCGCAGUAGGAAUGUUAUUGUCAUGUGUAAGCAAUCAUCAGAAAAGUUUAUCCUCUGCCGUAUCUCAAGUUAUUUACAAUGUAUUUGGUUGGUUUUCUGCACCGUUAUUAUCCGGAAUUAUCAUGGACAUAAUGCACAAAUAUACCAACAAUAACCGAUUGGCUUUAAAGGCUGGUUUUACUAUGAUCCUUUAUUCCAGUUGUAUUGGUUUUUUCCUACUAUUUUAUGCGAACUUUUUGGAUUUUUCUGAGAAAAAAGGAAAUGAAGAAUCCCAUGAAUUAGAGGAACCCCUGAUGUAA